AUGAUCUACGAUGUGUUUGGAAAUGCUGACCGGGGGCGCGCAAAAUUGCCAGACAAGGUAGCAUGGAUGACGACCGACCUCACGCGCUGGGCGAACCAGUACCACAUCCCCUGGAAACCAGGGUGGCCUGAGAACUAUCCAUUCAGAGCUACAACUCUAAAGGUGAGCAGCUCCGUAGUUCGACGGACCUGCCGCGCUGGCUUUGUGUCUGGCGUUGCCCGCAGCCAUGUCCAGCUGACAUCUUGUUAUUGUUCUACAUACAAGGUCCAACGAGUACUGGCUGCAACGGCCCUUGAUUAUCCCGAUCGAUACCCCGAAGCGAUCAGCGCACUGUACCACGCUUUCUGGGCCCAGAAGAAGGGUGUGCAGCUCCCAGAGGUCCAUUACCCCAUUGUUGUCGGUAUGCUCGGCGAAGAGCGAGCGAAAAAGGUUCUUCAACGCAGCUCCUCGGACGAAAUCAAAGCGCGGCUCAAACAGAAUACUGAGACUGCCAUUGCCAACGGAUGUCCAGGCUUGCCAUGGAUUGUGGCGACCAGUGUCGAGGGCCAGAAGGAGAAGUUCUGGGGAUUCGAUCAUUUAGGGCAGGUCGCAAGCUUUCUGGGUCUGGAAAGAGUUGCUGGGCCUCAUCUAUGA